GCCUCCCGCGGCCCCAGCCCCCCGCCCGCCCCGGGGCCCGGCGGGGACGGCGGCGCCUGGCAGCGGGGGAUUUGGAUGCGCGGUGGAUCCCCCCUCCCCCCGGGACUUUAUCUCGACUCCUCGGGACAGCCCAGCCUCUUCCCGGCAUGCCCCGCUGCGGGGCCGCCCGCCCGUCCCGCGCCCGGACUUUGCCAUCGGGGGCGCAGGCGGCCGGAGCGCCCCGGUGCGUCCUGCGGCCGCGGCCUGAGAUUUAGCCCAUGCUGGGGAUGUGACAGGAACGGAGAGAGCCACCCUGAAGCAUGGAGACUGUGGUGAUUGUCGCCAUAGGUGUGCUGGCCACCAUCUUCCUGGCCUCGUUUGCAGCCUUGGUGGUGGUUUGCAGGCAGCGCUACUGCCGGCCUCGAGACCUGUUGCAGCGCUAUGAUUCCAAGCCCAUCGUGGACCUCAUUGGUGCCAUGGAGACCCAGUCGGAGCCAUCUGAGUUAGAACUGGACGAUGUGGUCAUCACCAAUCCCCACAUCGAAGCCAUUCUAGAGAAUGAAGACUGGAUUGAAGAUGCCUCAGGUCUCAUGUCCCACUGCAUUGCCAUCUUGAAGAUAUGUCACACUCUGACAGAAAAACUUGUUGCCAUGACAAUGGGCUCCGGGGCCAAGAUGAAGACUUCAGCCAGUGUUGGUGACAUCAUCGUGGUAGCCAAGCGGAUCAGCCCGAGAGUGGAUGAUGUGGUGAGAUCGAUGUACCCUCCAUUGGAUCCCAAGCUCCUGGAUGCCCGGACAACUGCUCUGUUGUUGUCGGUCAGCCAUCUCGCACUGGUGACCCGGAAUGCCUGCCACCUGGCCGGGGGCCUGGACUGGAUCGACCAGUCACUGUCAGCUGCCGAGGAGCACUUGGAAGUCCUUCGAGAAGCAGCCCUGGCUUCUGAGACAGAUAAAGGCCUCCCGGGCCCUGAAGGUUUCCUGCAGGAGCAGUCGGCCAUUUAGUGCCUGCUGUGGUCCCCGGAGUGGCUCCAAGUGGAGCCUCUGCUCCCCCCCCCAGCCCCCAGCCCUCCUUCCUCCACCCCUCCCACUCCAUCCCCCCACCGCCCCACCAUUAGUUAUGCUCUGUGGCUCAGGAGUCCUGCUGUUUGUGCAGAGCUGAUGCCUCUGCUGCAGUUGCCAGCGGUGGCUGGUGAGUGGCAGUCUAACACUGCAGUUACACGAGCUGAUGCUCACCCUCUGUGCAGCAGAGCUCUGGAAACCCGUGGAGCGUCUGCUUGAUUGAGCUCACUUAGCAUUUUCAAGAAAAGUGAGCCACUGUCUGAAACCCACAAGGUCUUGCAUGAAAAUCAGAGAUUCUGGCUUCUUAUAGACAAUCAGAAGAUAAGGCCACUCUGAUAUGCAUUUUCAGAAGACAAUCAGCUGGAACUCAGUAGGUGUUGUCUCUUGACAGGGCUUGUACUCUUUCACCUAGUCCCUUUUCAUUGAUUUGUGGUGUCUGCCUGGUCCCCGAGGCAUCUGAGGCCCUCUUCCCCUUUGAAACCUUCUCCCCAGGUUUGGCUUUGCCAGACCGCAGGGUGGAUUCUUCUGUCUUCUGUCGCUGGGCCUGCAAUUCUGUCUCGUUACCACUAGGAGGACAGUAAACAUACACUUAGAUUUCUGUCUAGUUGAAUGCUCCUUGAGUCCAGUUCCAACGUAUGCGGUGUGCUGGGACGUCUUUGAGGGCCAAGGAUGGAAGAAGAGAGCCUCAGAAUCCUGUGGAUACCUUGUGUGUGUGACCCAAAAAGAGAUAUUUAAAGACCCUUCAGAGUUUAGGCAGAAGUAUCACCAUAAAGUCAUUUCCACAUGAACAAUGAUAUCCAUGAAGGA